AUGAUUGGUAAUGGUUUUAACAAUCGAGAAUUUAUUUAUUAUAAUGAUAAACAGACUUGUGCAGAUUAUGUUCAAUCGAUUGCAAAGAGUGAAACGAUAUUUCUAAUUUCAACUGCAUCAUGUGCUAUUGAAAUCUUAUCACUCAUUCAUUCGUUAAGACAGUUAGAUUCUGUUUUUCUAUUUUCAACUGAAGAGGAUUAUAACAAGUAUGAAUAUUUAUUUGAUGAAUAUUCAAAAGUCAUUGGAAUAGUUUAUGAAUUACCGAAGUUAUUUCAAUCUAUUGAAGAAAAUAUAGAUUUAGCUAUUAAACAAAUUGAAUCAUUUCAAUUUUACGAGCAAAAACAAAAAUCAACUCGUGAAUUAUCGAAAGAAGCUGGUUCAUUUCUCUGGCUACGUUUAUUCAAAGAUGUUGUUCUAAAUCUUCCACAUGAUGAACAAGCUAAACAAGAUAUGAUUAACCGACUUAAAGAACAUUAUCAUAAUAAUAGUAAACAAUUGAAAUUAAUUGCAAAAUUUAAUAGUGAAUAUAAUGCUGAUGAUGCUUUACGAUGGUACUCAGGUCAACCGUUUUUAUAUAAGCAAUUGAAUCGAGCUUUGCGAACUGAAGAUAUUGAAUUAUUGUAUGCAUUUCGAUAUUUUAUAGCUGAUCUUUGUAAAAGCCUUGCAAAGGAAUAUCAAAUUAUAAAAGAAUCAUUCGAUUCUACAAUUACAUUCUAUCGUGGAGUUAAAUUGUCGAAUGAAGAAGUCAAGAAAAUAAAAAACAAUGUCGGAAAACUUAUAUCGACAAAUGGAUUUUUAUCGACGAGUAUUGAUCGUAAUGUUGCACUUGCAUUUGUCGGUGAACCAACUGACAAUGAAGUAAGCAUCUUAUUUGAAAUUGAAUGUAGUCUAGACACAAAUGAAACAGUAAUUAUGGCUAUGAUAUCUCAAUACAGUCUUCAUCCUCAAGAACAAGAAGUUUUGUUUGAUUUGGAUGCUGCCUUUGAAUUAUUAUCUGUUACUGAAGAUGAAUCAUCGCCUAUGACAAUUGUGAAAAUGAGAGCAACAAAUGAAGGGUCAAUUAUUGCACAAGAACAUAUUGAACACCAUCGAAAAUAUAUGAGUACCAGUGGUGUAGUAUUAUUAUUUGGUUAUCUGCUUGCCGAAACUGGUGAAUAUGAUAAAUGUCAAAAAUAUUUUGAAUGUUUGUUAAAAAAUCCAAAUGGAGAUAAUAUAUCAUUUAUUUACUAUUAUAUGGGCGUUGUUCAUUCUUAUAAAUGUGAAUAUGAAAAAGCCCUACAGUAUUAUGAACAAGCAUAUGAAAUGAUGAUGAAUUCUGUACCUCAACUUCUAAAAGCAUCAUCAUUCGUUCUGAAUGAUAUUGGUUCAAUUUUACAAAUUCAAGGACAAUACGAUGUAGCGCUUGAUCAUCAUAUGCGUGCUCUCAAAAUUCGACAAGACUAUGUCGAUUAUAUAAAUAUGGCGGUCUCAUUAGCAAAUAUUGCUGUUACUUAUAAUAGCAAGGGUGAAUUUCAACGGGCAUUAAACUUUUUCAUGGAAUGUCUUCAUUUACGAGAACAAUAUUUACCUAACGAACAUAAAGAGACAGCAUCGGUACUGAGCAAUAUUGGUCUUGUAUUUAAUCAUAUGGACCAAUUGGACACUAGUUUAGAAUAUCAAUACAAAAGCUUAGAAAUGAAUGAAAAAUGUCUUCCUCCUCAACAUGAAAAUAUUGCAUUGUGUCUAUAUCGUAUCGCACUUGUUUUAACAAAUAAAGGAAAAUAUGAUGAUGCUUUAGAUUAUCAUAUACGUGCUCUUAAAAUUCGAGAAAGUAUCUUUCCGAAUGGACAUAUUAAAAUAUCAAAUGCUCUAAAUAAUAUUGGAUUUGUUUAUUAUUCCAAGAAGGAUUAUGUUCUUACACUAGACUAUCUCAAAAAAUCUCUGGAAAUGCGAGAAAGAUUAAUGCCUAAUAUUAAUGAUGCUGGGCUUUUGAACACUUUAACAUACUUUGGUUUAACAUAUACUAAGUUGCGCGAACAUAAUGAUGCAUUGAUGUAUCAUACACGUGCUCUGAAAGUUAGUCAAAGUUUAUUUCAUAUUGGACAUGGUAAAAUUACUGAUUGUUUAACUAAUAUUGGUAUUGCAUUUCGUGAGUUGAAAGAUUAUAAACAUGCAUUUGAAUACUUUGAAAAAGCUUCAAAAAAUGAAGAACUUAACACUACAAAACCGAAUCUGUUUAAAUUAGCUAGAAUUUAUGAUAAUAUGGGUAUUUGUUUAUGCUCUCAAGAUGACGACAUGUCAAAUGGACUUAGUUAUCGAAUGAAAGCUGUUCGAAUAAUCGAAAAACUAUCUCCUUGUAUACAAUAUGCUCAAUGGAUCGAUAGUAUCGGAAAUAUUUUUUUUGAAUAUGAAAAAUAUGAUAAUGCUUUAGAAUGUUAUCUAACAAGUUUAAACAUAAGAGUACAGUGUCUUCCAACAGAUCAUAUUGACAUAGCAGAAAAUUUCAUGCAUAUUGCCGAUGUUUACAUUGAGAAAGAAAAAAUAAAAGAACAAGAAAGCACUGGCAAAUAUCAAACAAAAGCUCUGUUUUUUUAUGAAAGUGCAUUGGAAAUAUAUCGCAAAUGGAAACAUCCAAAUGUUGCUGAUGUUAUAAACAAGAUUGUUUCCGUUAAUAAGAAUACUAAUUAA